AUGGCGCCUGUGGAAGUCGCUGCGGUGCGCGUGUACAAGAGGCUGAUCGACUGGCUCUUGGACCGCGCGGCGCAGGCCAAACCCGACGGUCAGAUCGAACCUCCGUUGACCGAAGCAACGCUGGGCGACUCGAUCUGGAAAGUCCCCGAGGAAGACCAGCAUGCAGUGCAGCAUCUCCAGCCGCAGACUCGAUUCGCGGCCGUCGAAAUCGCCUUCCGAGAGAAGUUUUAUCACCUUCUGGCUUCCACCUCGAUUCAUGACCCUUCUUUCAUUCAUAUCUGGAAUUUACUCGACAUCAUCUCCAUCUUCUCCGACAAUGAACAAUGCGAACCUGGCCUGAUUUUCUGGCUCACCGAAGAACUGCUGGACAGUCAAACGAUAGACAAAUGUCGCCCGGUCUUUGAAUAUCUGGAGUCGCGCCGCGAGCGCAAUAUCAAGAAACAUUUCAAGCAGAAAAGCCUGGUCAUUCUCAGAUUCUGCAACGAACUCCUCCGUCGAUUGUCACGCGCUGAAGAUACCGUUUUCUGUGGGCGAGUCUUCAUCUUCCUUUUCCAGAGCUUCCCGCUUGGCGAUAAGAGUUCCGUCAACCUACGGGGCGAGUUCCACACCGAAAAUGUCACUACAUUCGACGAGCCUACUAAACCGGCUGUCGAAAAUGACGAUGCAGAUACCACAAUGACCGAGGGCAAUGAGGAUUCUACCACUGAAGGCCAAGCAGAGGAAGCAUCUACACCUCAGAACCGUGAUGCUGGUUCUACCCCUGCGGGCAAGCCUCAAAUCCCCAAGGUCGUCGUGUCUAGGAGAAAGGAUGAGAAAUCGGAGAAACCGGUUGACCUGGAUACGCUUUACCCCAUGUUCUGGAGCCUCCAAGCCUAUUUCUCCUCGCCAACCAAGACGUUCGACCCGGAGCAUUUUGAAUCAUUCAAGACCUAUCUGGAAGCCACCCUAUCAGCUUUCAAAAAAAUGAGGCCCGACCUCGAUACUCAAACCUCACAACGGUCCUCCGAGGAGGCUCGCAACUCGCACAAGCGGAAGCGCGAGGCAGAGGAGGGUGAGGUCGAAUCCAGCUUCAACCCGAAGUAUCUUACGAGCCGGGAGCUUUUCGACCUGGAAAUCAAUGACAUGGCCUUCCGACGACACGUCCUGGUCCAGGCCCUCAUUCUUCUUGACUUUAUGCUGUCUUUGACACCCGACGCAAAAACACGAUUCGCCAAUCUCACCAACAAGUCCGUCCUUUACGGCUUUGUGCUGAGCGAACACGAUGCGAAAUGGGCGGCAGGCAUGCGAAACAAGAUUGAACAGUAUUUGCGAGAUGGGACCAGCAUGAGUGGAAACUUCUACUAUCGCAUGGUCGCCACCGUUCUAUCCCGGGACAAGAACUGGUCGCAAUGGAAGGCUGAAGGUUGCCCUCCGAUUGAAAAACCAGCCGUUGCAGCGACAGAAGAAGUAGAAGCCCGUGCAAAUAUCAACAAGGCUUAUCCCAACAAGAAAAUCCGUUCAACGCCGAUGGGCUCACUGGAUCUUACAUUCCUCUCGGACGCUCAAGCCUUGGCCAACACCGAACGACUCAAGGAAACAGAACGAUACUCGGUCCCUACUGCCGAUAGUGUCAUGAUGAGCAUGCUGGACGAUGACAUGGACAUUGAUAUGGCUCAGUCGCAAGAGGAGAAGGAAGCUGCGUUGAAAUCGAAGGCUAGCAAGACGUGGCGCAUGCUUCGUUUGACGGUGAAGAACAAAUUCGCCGCAUUCAACAAAAUCGACGACGGGAAGAACCUGAAUGCUCUGUUUGAAAGAACCGGGGAGGCCAAUGAGCCGGCAGAGGCCACGGCCAACGAGCCUGAGCCUACUGAGCCAACUGAGCCUGCUAAGCAUUCUGAGCCCGCCGAGCACACCGAGUCUCCUAAGUCAACCGAUGAUACCCAACCUGCCGAGGAGGCCGGAGCCACCGAGCCCACAGAAAAGACCCUAGAAACCCCGGAGGAUACUGUCGAUGCAGGAGAGAAAAAUGUACCUGCAGAGGACCAGUCUGCAGAGGAUAAACCUGCGGAAGAGGCAGAGACUCCGAACCCAUGA